GCCACGCUGGAAGACUUUGCCUCGGGCAGUCGUAACAGCUUCGAUCUAGUCUCAUAGCUGAGUAUACCACUAAUUGUCUUACCUUGGUAAGCACGCCGCCCUUUUAAUCCCCAAGGCAACAUGAAGAACCAAUUUCUCGCCGUCUUGCUUAUUCUCUGCUUCGCCUCCUUCAAGGUGAACGCUAAUGAGGAUGUGCACCCCACCGUGAAGGCCCUGAAAACCUUCGUUGAAAAUCUCAACCUUGGCGAGGAAGAGUCUGAGAAGAUUCUCAGCAAGAUCGGCACAGCACAAGAGGCCUGCCUCUCCGAAGCGGACAACAUAGACCCGGAAAUCAUCAGAAAGCUUGCUGAGGAGGUCAUUCCGGCAGUAAUGGUGUGCAGUGGCAGCGCCGUCCAUGUGGAGGAACCCCAUGAAAAAGAAACAGAGUUUAAUUUUGCAGAUAACCGAGUGCAUAUCAAACAAGGCCAUAGGCAUCAUGGUCUUCGGGGAGCUGCUGCGGACAUUCUUGGGAUACGGGAGAUUUGA